AUGGAUCUUAAACAUGGUCGUCAUGCUAUCGACAUAAACGUGCCAUCUGCAGAGAAUAGCUACGUUAGGAGUAAAGUUUGUGCAGGAGCAUCAUGCGGAUUCUCAGAUAACAAAACCAGUUCUAUGGACGCCGAAGAGCGUUCAUCUUCCAUGUGGAAGCUAGGAGGCGGGGUUGUAGUCUGUUUCAUUUUCAUGGCGGUAGAAGUAGUGGGAGGAAUCAAAGCAAACAGUCUUGCAAUCUUAACAGAUGCAGCUCAUUUGUUGUCGGAUGUUGCAGCUUUUGCAAUCUCUUUAUUUUCGGUUUGGGCUUCAGGAUGGGAAGCCACACCUCGCCAAUCAUAUGGGUUUUUCAGGAUCGAGAUUCUUGGAACGUUGGUUUCCAUUCAGCUGAUAUGGCUGCUUACUGGGAUUCUUGUUUAUGAAGCCAUUGAUAGACUCCUUCAUGGUUCAGUUGAAGUUGAAGGCAGUCUCAUGUUUGGAAUUGCUGCUGUUGGCUUAGUUGUGAAUAUAUUCAUGAUCUUCAUACUCGGCCAUGAUCAUGGCCACGGCCAUCAUCAUGGCCAUGGUGACCAUGAUCAUAGUGAAGAAGACGUUGAAAACAUCCAUAUCCAUGGACUUAGCGUCAUCACGAAACAACCCCACCACCACCACCACCAUAGCGGAAGUCAUCAUGAUGGUCAUGAAGAUCAAAGGCAGCCAUUGUUGAAAUCAAAACGGAAUAAUAUAAACGUUCAAGGUGCAUAUCUUCAUGUUCUUGGCGAUUCCAUUCAAAGUAUCGGUGUAAUGAUUGGGGCUGCGGUCAUCUGGUACAAUCCCAAAUGGAGAAUCGUUGAUCCAAUCUGCACACUUUUGUUUUCCAUUAUAGUUUUGUAUACAACCAUCAACAUGUUACGCGAUAUCUUGGAGGUUCUGAUGGAAAGCACACCGAGAGAGAUAGAUGCAACAAGUCUAGAAAGAGGUCUUUGUGAGAUAGAUGAAGUGGUUGCAAUCCACGAAUUGCAUAUUUGGGCGAUUACAGUCGGGAAAGUGUUGUUAGCGUGCCAUGUGAAGAUCAGUCGUGAAGCGAAUGCGGAUAUGGUGCUCAAUAAGGUGGUCGAUUACAUCAGGAGGGAAUACAACAUCAGUCAUGUUACAAUCCAGAUUGAGAGAGAAUAA